UUGCUGCUUGCCGUAGGUAUCUGUAAACACGGAAGUUAAGUCGCCUUUAUUUUCUGAUGACAUGAGAUGUUGGACAUCUAGCUAACAUAGAAAUGCCUAAAAGCAUGUAAAGAUUCUUACCAAUCAAGUGGUGGCUUAACAUGUCCAUGCAGAGGGAGAACAAGCGUGUCUAGCCGCUGUUUUGUUUGAAAAUGCGAAGAGAGUUUGUGUUAGCCAGUCGUUAGCUUAGCAAUUGUUCUAUUAGGUAUGGCGGAUAGAAAAAAUAAAACAUUCAGGUUUGUGAUCGUGGGAGGAGGCAUCGCGGGUGUGACAUGUGUUGAGCAGCUGUGCUCCCAGAUUCCAUCAGCUGAAGUGGCUCUGAUCACAGCAAGUCGCUAUAUCAAGACAGUGACCAACUAUAAACAGGUGUCCAAGACACUGGAAGAGUUUGAUGUUGCGGAGCGACCAUCCAGUGUUUUGGUGGAGAAGUUUCCCAACCUAACUGUGAUCCACUCUGCAGUGAAAUCCCUUCACACACAGUCACACUCUGUGGAAACUGCAGACGGACGAGUUUUUGGUUACGAGAAGCUGUGUAUCUGCGGCGGGGGCAGACCCAAGCUCCUAACCUGGGACAACCCUUAUGUCCUGGGGAUACGAGACACAGACAGCGCCCAGGAGCUUCAGAAGCAGUUAUCCACAGCAAAGAGAAUCAUUGUUGUCGGCAACGGUGGGAUUGCUCUGGAAUUAGUGUAUGAAGUGGUGGGCUGCGAGGUGAUCUGGGCUGUGAAGGACAAGGCCAUAGGAAACACGUUCUUUGAUGCCGGCGCUGCACAGUUCCUCAUCCCAUCCCUAGAGGGGGAAAAAACAGAAAGAGCUGCUCCUUGUAAGAGACCUCGUUAUACCACAGAGGAUCCAGAACCAGGAGCAUCCCAGACCUUCACAGCAGAUAAAAACGCACGCAGGCAUGGUUCUGGUCCUACAGAGGCUGGUAGUGCCCUUGGUCCCGACUGGCAUGAUGGAAUAGUUCUACGAGGAGCACAGCAGGUUUCCCGCCGAGUUUCAUUGGAAUACCAGUGUGAGGUGGAAAAGAUCUUCACCUCUGCAGAGCUUCUCAAUUCCCCUCAGCAAACACCCGAGAAUGAAGGAUCUUGGCCAAUUUACGUCAAGCUGACUAAUGGCAAAACAUUUGGCUGUGACUUUGUUGUGAGUGCCACCGGUGUCGUGCCAAACGUUGAGCCAUUUCUCCAUGGCAACAAUUUUGCACUGGCAGAUGAUGGUGGCCUGCAGGUAGAUGACCACAUGAUGACAUCAGAGCCAGAUGUGUAUGCAGCUGGAGAUGUGUGCACUGCAUGCUGGGAACACAGCGCACUGUGGCAGCAGAUGCGUUUGUGGACGCAGGCCCGUCAGAUGGGAUGGUACGCCGGCCGCUGCAUGGCGGCACACGUCUUGUCUGAAUCAAUAGAAAUGGACUUCUGCUUCGAACUCUUCUCACACAUUACCAAAUUCUUCAACUAUAAGGUGGUCCUGCUGGGAAAGUUUAACGGGCAGGGACUGGGAGCUGACCACGAGCUGCUGCUACGCUGUACCAAAGGCCAGGAGUAUGUCAAGGUUGUUCUCAGUGGAGGGAGGAUGGUGGGAGCAGUGCUGAUUGGUGAGACCGACCUGGAAGAGACCUUUGAGAACCUGAUCCUAAACCAGAUGGAUCUGACCCCGUAUGGAGAGGAGCUGCUGAACCCCAACAUCGAUAUCGAGGACUACUUUGACUGAGCAUGAGAAAUUUGAUUCAACUUUAAAAAAUGUAUUUUUGCUUUUUAAUAAAUUAUUUUCAAAGCCAA